AUUACGAAUGGACAUCGUGUGCUUGGUGAAAAAAGGUACAUGGUGUAUUUCUUAGCCGCACCACCUCUAGAGUUCUCGGCAUGGACGUGCGGCGGGGUCAUCAUCACCAAAGACUACGUUCUGACGUCAGCGUCGUGCAUCCAAAAUGUGCCGCAUGCUUACGUCAUAAAUGGCUACAAUAGGUACGUCAACGCAGAGCAAAUGGAGAAAGAUGAGUGUAUCAUGCAGAAGAGGAAGAAGGUCAUCAAUUUUUGCCACCCGAAAAGUUACGACGGGACUAAAGUGUUUAAUAAUGAUUUUGUGUGGAGCUUAGGAGACAUCUGCGUGGCUCAAGUGGAUACCCCGUUCGCUUUCAACGACAGAAGCUACUACGAUGUGUGUUCGUACCCCCCAGCGUACAUAGGGGUAAACUUUUACUCGCAUUUCGAUGGCGGUGGGAUAGAUGUGGUGAAUCUAGGAUGGGGUCACGCGCAAUAUUACCGACCCGAAGGAGAAUUUCUGGACAUGAAUGAAGAGUUUUUGAGGUUCAGCUCGGGCACGACCACUAAUAUCACAGAUUGUCAAGCAAGGAACAAAGCGGCGAUAGACAAAAUUUCUAUUUCGAAUCACUUUAAAAAAUUUUUCAUCUGCGUCGAGGAACCGGGAAAUUUGGAUGAAAAUGGCGACAUUAUAAACGAAAAUACUCAGUUUUUUGACACUUGCAACGACACGUACGACCCCUUGUCGAUUGGAAGGAAGGGUGUUGGUGAAAAGAAUUGUAUGGAGGUAUUGCGUGCAAGGAUCAAUUACACUAGUGAACACGUCGGGGGCUUUUGUCAAAAUGACCACGGAGGGCCACUGGUGGCUUGGAUCGGUGGCCAUGAGACAGUCAUAGGCAUAGCCAGUCUGUUCUCAGUGUCAGACGACAUGCGCUGUCGGCCGCCCUACUUGUACACGGCUACUGCUAGCAUCAACAAGUUACUGGCAUGCUACAUAUGGUCCAAUUUCACCAGCUCUAGAAGGAGGCAAAUGUAUUGCGACGAUGUUAUCACAGAGAUGGAUUAUACUCAACAAAAUGUAGCGUGGUCUGAUGAAAGGACAAUUUCUUGAAGGUAUAAGGCUAAAAAUUUGCCAGUAGCGUAUACUAAUCGUUUUAUGAAACCAGUUUCUAGAAAUAUUAACUACUUAGUGGCGAAUGUAUGAUACAUUGAAUCCUGGAACUUAUUCGAGUAAUGGGAUAAAC